GGUACAGGACACAGAGCAGGCUUCUGGAUGAGCUACGAUCUACGCUGAGGCAACAGAAAUAAACAGAAGAGCUGAGCUAAUACUCCACAUUAUUUUAACCCGAUCUGGAAAUAACCACAAAAUAUGGUUCCUGAGUGUGCGCUUGCUUAAGUUAGAUUUAAAUCCAUGCCUCUUAAAUUCCUUUUUCUUCUUUUAAGUCGAAGUUAAUACGAUGUUAUCAUUUAUCACGUCACUUCUUCCGACUUCCUACUUCCUACCGGGAUGGUUGACUCUAGAUACAAAUCCACUGGAUAGUUUACUUCAAGGACUGAUAGGUGCAUGUGGGAUCUCUGUGCUAUGCUCCUUGUUGAGAGUGCACUUAUUUUUAGAGGAAGAGAGCUGGAGUGAUAAAAAUGAUAAAGACACAUCAAGCCAGAGGGGACCCAGUUAUCAAAGGAGAGCUAAAACUGGACUUACUGGGGUGCUCCAGUUUUUCCUUGUGACUGGGAUUCUGGCUGUAGUGGGCUCCCGUGUGGCAUCCCUGGUGGUACUAGAAUUUUGUCUUCGGGCUGUGUCUGGAUGGGUUACAGCUGGACCCGACUCCAGGAAAUUUCUACAGCAGCUGUUAGUUCAAAGCCAGUUCUCUCUGGGCUGUGCCCUAAGCUGCAGUCUGCACUUUAUCCACGAGGGGGCGGCCCAGCGCUGGCUAUGCCUGCUCCUGGCAGCAGCACUCAGCUGGUUCAUGGCUAGGCAGGCCACACGCCUGCUGCACCAUGUCAUGGCUCUGUAUAAACUCCACAGCUCACAGCGCUACUGCGGCAUUUGCAUCAGCCUCCUCACGUCAGGCCGAUGCCUGCUGCCCAUGCUGUGCAGGACUAUGAUCAUUACCUUCUCUGUGGCUGUGUUGGCCGCCGUAUCAAUCAUUAAUCAACACUUCCUCUCUGCAACGGAGGCCCUCAGGUUUUGGACACCACUGACUAUCUGUUACACACUGUUGGUGGUGUACAUGCAGGAGGAGCAGCACCGUCUGCCCGGCAGCCAGGCUGUCCUGAACACAGUGGUGGUGCGUCUCGGAGGUUUGAUGGUCCUGAUGCUGACUGUUGGACGCUGGGCCGACGUGCUCCACAUCCUAAUGUGUUUCCUGGGUGAGGCCAGCUGUCUAAUCCCCACUAAGGAUCUGCUGGAUGCAGCAUCCUCACAGGAUGAAGAGGAUUAUACAGACUACGCAAAAAGAGACUGUCGCAGACCACCAGCAAGACAGAAGGAGCAUCAGAGAUAGCAACUCAGUGAUUUCAAAAUCUAGUGGCACUUCUUUUUAAAUGGGGUUGUUUAGUGUAAGUCCUAUUAGGGCAACACCAACAAUUAAUGUUUUUGUACUUUGAAUGUAAUAACUUUUUCAAUAAAA